AUGGCCAUCGAGGAGUACAUCGGGUUCAUGUCGCGCGGCGGCCGGGGCCCCGGAGGCGACGAGCUGCGGCGGGAGGCAAAGGAGCGCCUCCUGUCGUCCGGGUGGACCUUCCACAUGAAGCGCAAGUACGACGGCCGCCAGGAGCUCCGCUACAUGGCGCCGCACGGCGCGUCCUACAUCUCCCUCAUCGUCGCCUGCAAGAAGUACCAGCAGUUCAGCUUCAGCAGCACGAGCCACCCGCCGAAAUCAAGAAAUCGUUCCGGCAAGGGCGCCGCGGCUUCUCCGGCGAAACCUUCCGGGAAGAAAAGGGGCAGGGCGGGGAGUGGAGGGGGCAAGGAGGCCGACGCCGGCGGCAGCGACGAGGAGUGUUCUACAGCAACUGGCCCGCCGUCCGCCCCGAGGACCAAGAAGAGGAGGAGGGUGUCCGCGCUCUACGCAGGCCCGGGCCCACAGGAGUGCGGCCUGUGCAGCCGCACAGGGCCCAUGAUUUUGAGGGGCCCUAUAUUUUGCCUGUUUCAAUCACUUCAAAUCUUCAAUCCUGCUAAAGUGAUUCUGCUAGGGCCCCGAAUUUUACCCGCCCGGCCCUGGCUCUACGCCGGCGACGCGCUCAGGAAAUCCGCCGCGGCCAAGAAGAAGAACGCGUCGGCGGCGUCGCGCGUGCUGCAGCCGAGGCCGAAAGACGGCGACAAGAACCAGGUGGUGGCGGGGGCGGCUGCGCUGGUGCCAUCGUCAUGCCAGCCGAGCCGCGCGAGGACGAUCCUCACGGUGCUCAUGGAGAAGAACAUCCUGCGGCCGACGGCCAAGCUGUCCUACAGGCGCACGACGCGCGGGCCUGCGGUCAAGCAGGGCACGGUCACCGGCGACGGGCACAUCCGGUGCCUGUGCGGCUGCGGCCGAGCCUUCACCGUGGCGGAGUUCGCUGCGCACGCCGGCGGCAAGGCCACCACCGAGCGGGCGUCAGCUCACUUAUUCGUCGGCGACCGCAGGUCUCUGUCGCAGUGCCUGGUCCAGCUCAUGCGCGCCGACGGCAGGAAGAACAGAGGAUCGCCGACGCCGUCGCCGGGCGCGAGGGUGAAGCGGAAAUGCACGACUGUGCAGGAGGACGGCGACUGCGUGUGCUCCGUCUGUGCCGACGGCGGCGAGAUGCUGCUCUGCGACUGCUGCCCGUCGGCGUUCCAUCACGGCUGCGUCGGCCUGGAUGCCACCCCGCAGGGGGAAUGGUUCUGCCCGCCCUGCAGGUGCGCCAUUUGCGGCUCUGGCGAGUUCGAGCCUGCCCCCGACGAGUUCACCGACAAGACAGUGAUCUGCUGCGACCAGUGCGAACGAGAGUGUAAUAUUAUAUAUACAAGUUUGUUCAUCUGCAUUAAUCUUAUCACAGAUCACGUCAGCUGCAUCAGGAGCAGAGGUGAUCAGCUCGAAUGCUGCCCACAAGGGCCAUGGCUCUGCAGCCAGAAAUGUUCAAACAUAUUCCAGCGUCUGCAAGGGCUCGUUGGCAGAUCGAUCCCUACCUCAGUGGAGGGCUUGUCGUUCACACUCUUCAGAUCAUCCCAGCUCCCCGAGGAGGAGGCCAUGGCCGCCGAAGAGCACGGGAAGCUGCGUAUGGCGUUUGACGUGCUCCACGAGUGCUUCGUCACCCUCAUCGAGCCGCAGACGCAGAGCGACCUCAGCCACGACAUCGUCUUCAACAGAGAAUCAUGGCUGAGACGGCUGAAUUUCCGGGGAUUCUACGUGGUGGGCAUCGAGAAAGACGGCGAGCUGAUAACUGUCGGCACUCUCAGAGUGUAUGGCGACAAGGUUGCAGAGCUGCCGCUUGUUGGGACCCGGUUCGCGCAUCGCCGGCAAGGAAUGUGCCACCUUCUGAUGAACAAUCUCGAGAAGUUGCUUUCUGAGUUGGGGGUGGAGAGGCUUGUGCUGCCUGCAGUGCCUGAGCUUCUGCAGACGUGGACGGAAUCCUUUGGCUUUCAAGUGAUGAGCCAGUCUGACAAGCUGGAGAUUGCAGAGCACACCAUCCUGUGCUUUCAAGGAACCACAAUGUGCCAUAAGUUCAUCAACAAGGCGGUGGCCCCACGAAGAUGAAACAUCCUUCUUCCCUGUAGAAAUCAAGCAGACAAGUUCAGAGUUGAGAUUUCAUCGGUCAUCCUGCUCAUAUUUGUGAGGGUAAACUAACAGACUGGCUGAACAUUUGUUUGUAUGCACGAUGAUUCCAUUGAUGAUGUAGGAUGUUAAUAAAAAUGGAAAAGUAUAUUUUGUUUUGUCCCAUGACAAUUGGAGUAAUUUGGAACGCUGAAAGGAAACUGGUAGCACCGAUAAAAUUAUCUGCUGAAAAACAGAGUAUGGACA